GGCAGUGCGCAGGCGCUGUGCGAGCUGGGCUGGAUGCUGGGAGGACGGAGCAGGGAGGCAGUGGGCUGACGGCUGAGGCAAGGCACACGGACCGAGCUGCCAUCUUCACCUGCCCGACCAUUGUUCCCCGCUCUUCUCCGUUUUCCGCCUGGCAUGACUGUGGCUGCUGCUCAUCGGCCGCUGCGAAGGAAGUGUUAGGCUCCGACCGUGCUCCUCGUCCGAGACGGUCCUGCCCCCCUCCCCAUCCCCCCGCCGAGCCCCACGACACCGCGGCUCGUCCGCUGCAGGGCCUGGACAUCAACCUGACGGGGGCCACCAUGGAAGCCCCUCUCGUGUGUUUGGAUGAGGAGUUUGAGGAUCUGCGGCCGUGUCGGAUGGAUGAGCUGGACCAUCACUCCUCCUACUCCACCACCAGCACCACCACCACCACCGUCCCCCUGGCCUCCAUCACCCGGGAAGACUUCUCUGAGCUGGAGAAUUUCUCUGAGAUGAUGAGCUUCAAGUCGAUGGAGGACCUGGUCAACGAGUUUGACGAGAAGCUCAACGUCUGCUUCCACAAUUACAACACCAAGACGGAGGGCCUGGCGCCCAUACGCAACCAGUCCCACAACCAGGAGGACGAGGAGCGGCUGCAGGACGAAGAUGUGUGGGAUGCUCUAACCGACAACUACAUCUCCACCUGGGACGGCCCCGACUCAGAGGGACUCAACGGCAACCUCUCUGACCAGGAGAUCCACGAAAAAGAGGAGGAAGAGAUGAACGAGAAGAAUGACAACGCCAAAUGCCUGAAUGAAGAGCCUCUCAUCACAGCUGAUCAGGUAAUUGAGGAGAUAGUUGAGAUGAUGGAGAACUCUCCGGAUCCUGGCGAAACUGAGGAGGAGGAGGAGGAAGAGGAGGAGGAGGAGGAGGAGGAGGAGGAUGAGGAGGAGAGCAGCCACUGCUCCUCCAGGACCAGCCCCUCCCUGCUGGAGGAGAUCAGGCAGCUGUCACAGGCCUCCAACAACAACUGCUCCUACGAAGGACUGAGCCUGAUGCCCAGCUCAGCGCUGGUCGAGCUGCUGCAGCGGGUGGAGUCCGCCAUCCGCGAGUACUCAGAGGAGCUGGUCGGUCAGCUGGCGCGGCGCGAGGAGCUGGAGUUCGAGAAGGAGGUGAAGAACACGUUCAUCACGGCCCUGAUGGAGGUGCAGAACAGGCAGAGGGAGCAGCGGGACGGCAGCAAGCGCCGGCGCCGGGACAAGGCCCUGAGCCUGCAGGGGACAGGCACGCCGUCUGUGAACGGGGGGAACGCGGGGAACGCAGGGAACGGAGGGAACACAGGCUCCGCGGGGCGCACAGAGAAGACGGGCAGCAUGCCUGUCAAGCGUUUCAGCAUGGAGGGACUGUCCAGCAUCCUGCAGACGGGCAUCAGACAGACAUUUGGAAGCACAGGCAAUGAGAAACAGUAUCUGAACACAGUUAUUCCGUAUGAGAAGAAAGUCGCCCCUCCAUCUGUGGAUGACCUGCAGAUGCUCACAAAAAUUCUCUAUGCCAUGAAGGAGGACAGCGAGAAGGUGCCCACGCUGCUGACUGACUACAUAUUGAAAGGUGAACACAGCAACAGGCUAACGUUCAUGCAACUGCACGAAGGGCCUCUCCUCUUUUGACCAGUGUUCUCUCACUGGGACAUUGUGAGUCCUGUGUCCUACCUAAAGCACCCGAAUGCCAGGGGCCACAGUGUGACGGAGCGUUCUCCCCCCGGGGGCCUGUCCGACCCUCCUCACCUCUGGCCCCAGCUGCAUGACCUCCCCCCUUGUACCGUUCUCCACCAUGGGUCCUCACCAUCGACAUUAUCGUGUUCACCUCAACUAUGACUACUGCCUUUUGCUGAGCUCACCUUCUCCCUUCCUGCACAUUUCAGUUCCGGCCAGACCCCAACAUGGCCGCCGUCUUCACACGUAGACAAGUGGGACGGCUCGGCCCACUCUGAAGGACUUCACUAAUGGAGCAUGACAUGCUGUUACUGACCACAACACACCACUUUCGUACAGGGAUACAAUGUUCUGACGCUUUCUUUUGCUCUAACAGAGUUUCAGUGUUGCCAAGUUUUACUCACGAACUGACUUCUUAACCCCAGUCCAUCGUUGUAUUCGUCGAUUCUGUUUCAGAUGAAAUGCUCCGACUCAUUUGAAUACAAAAGCCAUGCACCUUUUUCUGCCAACUUAGUACUGUAGCUCCAUGUGAAUAGAAAGAAACACAACUAUUACGGGUGCAGUGCAUUACAAAGCUUUUUUCGUUGCGUUUGGUUUUUCUUUUUACUUUUUGUUUUACGUCCUUACAUCCAGUGCUCUUCUGACUUUUUGUAAAUUCAAAUUUUAAUUUGUAUCGAAAUAUUUGAUAUAAACUUUUUUCUAUUUUAUUUACCGUCAUCAGAGCCGCAGGUCGCUGUUCGCUCCACCCAGGUGUAUUACUGACUUUCCUUGGAUAUAUCAUCCCCUGAUAAGAUGAGCUCACACAAUAAAGGUGUGCAUAUUUGCAUAUUGGCAUAUUUAUGACUUCCUUUGCGCCAUUUAGGUGAAUGUGACAUCGCUAACCGAAAAUUCUAAUAAACAUUCUACCCGAA